AUGGUCAUUCCGAUGUACCAUAUGGUGAAUAUGAUGCCACCACAUCAGAUUGAGCAAGUCGAGACUGUUCAGCAAGUUCAUCAGUGGCAACAACAAGCUCAGCAAUGUGCCAAUUGCGGACACUCUGGUCAGCAGCAACCACUCAUCCUCAGGAGUCUAGGGAUUCAUUUUAAAUUUUCCGGAUCAUUGGGAUUCUUGGAUUCCGUGUUGAUAAUCCAAUAUGCUCAUAUGUAA